AUGGCUGAGCCCGAACCGGUGGCCAGCAUGGCAAAAAGAAACCAGGCCAAUGACAGGGCUGCUAAGGAGGCUGUUGGAGGGCAUAAUCACCAAGUUAACUCUGUUCAAAGAAGAGAAAGAUGGUGGGGUACUUUCCGAAGGAGAUUUCCCAAUUGGUCUGAACCAGACAGUCCUAGCACGAAUCCUUCAUUCCGUCAGCAGCAAGAUGGAGAUGCAACAGCGAGUGAUACCUAUGUGGACUCUGCAGUAAGAUACACUCCUUAUGCUAUUCCACGAUAUCAUCGGAGAGGUACUUUUCAUAAACAAGACCAAACCCCGGUUAACAUGCAGAGAGAGCAAAAACUUCUAGAGAGAAGCAUGGAGGGAUGCAGGCUGAAUGGGACCUCAGGGAGCUGGUUCAAGAUCACAAUUCCAUUUGGCAUAAAAUAUGAUGAGAAGUGGCUGCUAAAUUUGAUUCAGAGCCAAUGCAGUGUCCCUUUCACUCCAUUCGAGUUUCACUAUGAGAAAAUGCAGGCCCACUUCUUCGUGGAUAAUGCCAGCAUCGCCUUUGCACUGAAGAAUGUCAGUGGCAACAUUUGGGACCAGGAUAAUGAAAGGAUAUCAAUAUUUGUCAGUCCCUCGGAUGCACCCCGCUCUGUGCACAAGGAACUGAAGUCAGAAAAGGUGCAGCAGAUAAAGCCGACCAUGAAGAAACGUGAUGACUCCCAGGAAGCUCUUGACAUCCAGAGACUCUCCUCUGAGGCAGACUUCAUGGGACAUGAUGAAAUGGCAGCAAAUCCUAGCAAGUACAUGGCUACCUCCCUGGGUGUUCAUGAAGAGAACGUGACUAAGGUGGAGUCUGCAGGGGAGAUGGACAAGAAGAAAGGACUAGAGCCACAGCAGAUGCGUGCGGGUGGAAACGCCCUGUGUACCACCUUCCCGGAUAAGUCCAGCAACAUAAACUCCAUCCUGGAAUUGUUCCCCAAGUUAUCAUGCCUGGAUGGCCAGGAGUCACCCAGACCAACUCUUGGUGGUACUGAAGCCCACAAGAAGUUACCAACCUGCAAGGGAAGCGUCUUUGGAUCUGAAACACUGAAGAAUCUGGUCCUGCAAUUCCUGCAGCAGUAUUACUUGAUCUACGACUACGGAGACCGACGGGAUCUCCUUGGUGCUUAUCAUGUCAUGGCCCGCUUCUCCCUGACCAUUCUCUUCAACCCCGAGGACCCAGCUUCGAGCAUCUUGUGCAAGUACUUCAAGGAAAGCAGGAAUCUGAAAAUGCUCAAGGACCCCUACCUGCGGGUACGGCUGCUGAAGCACACAAAACGUGACAUCGUGGACUCCCUCAGCGUGUUGCCCAAAACACAGCAUGACCUCAGCUCCUUCCUGGUGGACGUGUGGUUCCAGACGGAAAUGAUGCUCGGCCUUUCUGUCAGUGGGGUGUUCAAGGAAGUGGAGGGAAAGUCUCACGGAUGUGUACGUGCCUUCACUCGGAUCUUCAUCACUGUCCCUACUGGCAAUUCCGGUCUGUGCAUCAUAAAUGACAAGCUGUUUGUUCGGGACGCCGGCCCCCAAGGGACCUGGAACACCUUGCCCAUCCCAAUGGUCACACCCUACUCCAGUUCUAUGCCUGCCCUCUCCCAGGAGCAGCAGAAAAUGGUUCAGGCUUUCUCUGCCCAGUUUGGGAUGAACCUCGAGUGGUCUCAGAAGUGUCUUCGUGACAACCAGUGGGACUACAUCAGAGCUACUCAGGUCCUCUUUCUGCCCAAGAUGACAUCUGGGAAUUCAGGCCAGUGCGAGCAUUUUACUGUGACUAAAUCAGGAGGUCUUGUUGGGGCUGAAAAGUGA